UGAGUGAGGGCUGUGAGAAGAGAUAAAUGUACGAACGAAAAGAUUUGAGUGGAAAUGCACUGUGGGGAGACUGAAAAUCAAGCUGAAAACCACAGGGAAUAAAAGGAAGGUAAAGUAGCCCUUCUAUGACUGUAGGCCCAUCUGUACUGGCUGUCUAUCAGGAUGGGGGGCAGAAGAUCUUGGUUUUACUGGAAAUACCAUAUUGUUCUGUCUAUUUUGUCAGUGCAGUGGAAGGGAAUGAACUGUCAGGAGUCUGUACCAGGGUUUAAAAUAGAGGCCCCAGCAGGGGUGAGAGUGCAGAGGGGGCUCUGUGUGCACAUCCCUUGUAGCUUUACUGUUGGUCCUGGUUUUACCUUAACCAGAGAUGCCAUUGGAAUCUGGUAUAAAGGAUAUAAUGGAUUUCAAAGUAGGAUAAUUGCAGCUUCUACUGACUCCUCUCAGUUCCCUGAUACAACAAACGGGCGCUUUAUAUUCACUGGGAAAGUGAGUGCCGGAGACUGUUCCUUCUCUAUCAGUGAUGCACAACCAGGAGAUGCUGAUCGGUACCAGUUCCGACUUGAGGGUCCUUUAAAAUAUAACUACGUUGGUACCCAACCAUCUGUAUCUGUGACAGAUCUUGCAGAACUGAAAGAACCUGAUAUAUCUCCCACCAAGGAUCUGAUCGCUGGGGAAGAAGUGACUCUGACUUGCACUGCUCCUACAAACUGCCCUGGGCUCUCUCCAACCUUCACAUGGGAAGGAAGUGUAAAUACAGAAAGAACACAGAGCCAUACAUUGCAGCACCAAGAUAGGAACUUCAGCUACUGGUCCAAUAUCACUUUCACUCCAUCACCGAGGGACCAUAAUACCAUCUUAUCCUGUACAUUUACCUAUAAACAUGGGUCUGCUAAGGCAAACAUCACCCUGAAUGUUGAAUAUACACCCCUUCUGAACAUCACUAUUCCAGGGGGGACAGGAGAGAGCAGCAGUCUAAUUGUGAGAGAAGGCGACUCCAAGGAAAUCUACUGUACAGUUGACAGUAACCCAACGGCCAACAUUAGCUGGACUAGAGGAAACAGCCCGGUUGGGAAUACCAAGCAGAAAGGGCAGAAUCUGACUCUUUCACUACAGAAUGUAACAGAGAAUGACACCGCUGUAUAUACAUGUACGGCACAGAACCAAAGGGGGAGCAACAGCCGCUCUGUCAGUGUCUCUGUGGAAUAUCCCCCCCGACAGCCAACGAUCUGUGUAGAUAAGCCGGAAGGUUGCCUUCCUUUAGUAAAUGACUCUGUUCCAGAAGGAUCGACACUGUCCUUAAACUGCAGAGCAGAAAGUAACCCCCCGGCAAUUAUUUCCUGGAUUCAGAAUGAUCCACUCAACACAUUUUCUGAAAACAGUAUUCUGAAUGUCCAGGUUACAAAUGAUAUUGUAUAUACAUGCCAAGCUACAAAUAGAUACGGACUAUCAAAUAGUUCCAUCCUUAUUAUUGUCACGCCUGUACAAAAGUCUCAGACAGUUUUCCUCAUUGUGGGACUUUGUAUUUUAUUUUUCACACUUGCGGUGAUAGCGGCGGUGCUUGUAUUCAUAUGGAUGAGAAAGAAGAACAACGUACAGGAGGACACUAAAGAGAUGCCUAAGAGUGAUGGUGAUGUGAUUUACAAUGACGUAGAGAAUAUACAAAGCAUCAACAAUGUAUCCUACAUGAACACAGAGAAAACCAAACGGGAUAAGGAUUAUUCAAAUUUGUAUGAAGAGGUAUGCUAAAAAAAGACUUGGGGAGCAACACAAGCUCCAUAAAAGUUCAUGGAGGAGCCAAAUAAGGGCUGUGAUUGGCUA